AUGAAAGCAUUUACUCGUAAAGCUCGUGCAACAGAAAGAGGAUAUUUAUUUAGGACUGGAGGUGGACCACAUGCACCACCUCCACCACCACAACAAGGAGCCAUAAUAAGCAUGGUUGAAAAUGCUGCACCUGUAAUGAUAUGUGAAAUAUAUAACUCAUUUGAUAGUGAAGAUAUUUUGAACAAUGAAAAAGUAGUGGAAUCUGAGGAAAACAUAUGUUUUGGAGUACAGAAAAAUCCUGAAAUCAGUCUUCAAAUUGAAGAAAAACAAAAUAGCGCAGAGCCCUUGUCUAGCUCACAACCCAGCAGGGCAUUGGAAUUUACUGCAAAAAUUCUGUUUGAAUAUGGUCCAUUUAUGAGAACAGAGAAGAAAACCAACCACCGAGGUGACAAGGCUAUAAGGUUUAGAUUUCCAUACAAGAAGACAACUGAUUCUGGUGAAGAACUAUCAAUCAAAGUAGUCAAAGUAACUACAUUCAAAGAAAUGGAAUUCACAAAGCAAGUUGAAGAUAACAAGUUAAUCCUAAUAUUUCGUCAAGCAGGAUUGUUAGCAAUGGUGACCUUUAGUAAAGCUAUAAGUUAUUGUUACAACACUAAUGCUUCAAAGUUGCUAACACCAUUAUGUGGAGCAAUCUUCUCACGUGACUCAAUUAAAGACAUGGCACAAGAUCUUGGUGUCGAAGAAGUCAAAUGCUUAAGAAUUGUUAAUGAGAGUGCCACUUCCGGUGGCCAGUACCUCCCAGACUCAGACAUAGCAUGUGCAGUGGUCUGUACGAUAACAUCAGCAAAAAGAUUAAAUCCGGAUUUACAUUUUUAUCUGGCGUGUUGUGUUGUGACGCAUCAGAAUGCGGAAAAAUGUAAAGAUGACUGGAAUAAAUUACGAAAUAGCUACGUCAACGCAUUGAAACGCCGUAAAAAUAAAAAAAGUGGGCAAGCCGCUCAAUUUAUCCCGCCAUGGAAAUAUGAAGAACAAAUGAGUUUUUUACAGCCAUUUAUGGAAUCAAGGUCGACAACAACAAAUCUUUCAUCACCUCCUGAAUCUCCAGAAUUUCACUCAGAAAGUACUCAAUCAAACAAUUCUCGUCCAGCAACACCACAUACUGGUAGUUCCUCGCACUCCCAACAGCCUGUUAGAAAACCAAACUUACAGGAUCUAUAUGAUAUGAUGAAGUCUUCGCACGAUUUGAGAAUCCAUAAGCAUCAUUCAAAGCAGCAGCAGAAUAAUAUGACGGAUGAAACAGACUUGUUUUUUCUGAGCAUGAGCAAAGCAGUUAAAAAACUUCCGAAACUAGAUCAGACCAAAAUAAAAUUGGAUUUGCACUAG